AUGGAUAAAUUUCGCAUGAUGUUCCAGUUUCUCCAGUCUAACCAAGAGUCUUUCAUGAACGGUAUUUGCGGCAUAAUGGCACUUGCGAGUGCUCAGCUGUAUUCGUCCUUUGAGUUCAACUGCCCGUGUAUGCCAGAGUAUAACUACAGCUACGGGAUCGGCAUGUUAGUGAUCCCACCGAUUUGGUUUUUCCUUCUUGGCUUCGUGUUAAACAACAACGUAUCGAUGCUUGCGGAAGAGUGGAGGCGGCCACUGGGCCAGCGUGGGAAGGACCCAACGGUGCUCCGAUACAUGUUUUGUUCCAUCUCUCAGCGUUCGUUGAUAGCACCUGCUGUUUGGAUUACUGUGACGUUAAUGGACGGGAAGAGCUUUCUCUGUGCCUACAGUAUGGAUCUGGAAGUAUCCCAGUUUGGAAACACCAGUGGAUUUUCUGAGGAGGAUCUCACGAGGCUUCUGGCUAAAAUACCAUGUAAGCACUUAUUUGAUGGACAAGAUGUUUUAUCCAGAGAGGCAGCAACCAGGUACCUCCGAUGUGUGUCACAGGCCUUUGGAUGGCUCUUCCUCCUUCUCAUCACCCUCACAGCGUUCAUGAUCAGAGCCAUUAGACCCUGCUUCACACAAGCUGCAUUCCUCAAGACCAAAUACUGGUCUCACUACAUCGACAUUGAGCGCAAGAUGUUUGAUGAAACCUGCACGGAACACGCUAAGAGUUUCGCUAAAGUUUGCAUCCAGCAGUACUUCGAGAGCAUCAGUGGCGAAAUGCGUAGCUUCCACCGUCAGCGCUCAGACGACAGCGACGACGAUGAUGAUGACGACGACAGGCAUAAGAGUGAUGAAGACAAACUGCUGGGUAUACGGGCUCAGGAUGACAUGAAUAAAGUGCUGUGGAACUGGCAUACCUGCAAGCCAGCCCUUAGCUUACGAAAGUACGACGUCAGCGGGGAGGCUAACAUUAGCGCUAGCACCGGCCAAAACGGCCUCAUAAACGGUCACGCACAUCAUGAAGAUAGCAUUCAAAAGAAAGAAUGGGCUGUGUAUUACAGUAAAGUGUGA